AUGGUACUUAAGAUGACCCUCCAAGUAAUGGCGAUCAAUAGUGCAACCCUCAUUACGCUGUUUAUUCUUGGAAUUCUCAUCCCUAAGGCAAAUUCAAAGGGCGCACAAACAGGUGCAAUUUUGGCAAUUGUUAGCCUUCUUACAAUAACAAUUGGUGGUUUGAAUAAUAAGCCUGAACAACCUCUGCCACUUCGAAAUGACGGUUUUUAUACGGCUAUAGGUGGAUUUAAGGCAGUCAUCUGGACAGAUGUUGUUCAACUUGGUCUCAUGAUUGCUUCUUUCAUGAUUAUUUUUGCCAUUGGAAUUAAUUCAGCAGGUGGAAUUGGAAAUGUCGUUAAAGCAGGCAAUAGAGGUGGAAGAUUUUUACUGCUAAAUACUGAAGAUCCCAAUACGAGAAAUUCCAUUUGGGGCUAUGGCUUCUCGAGUGUCUUGGUGGGAAUUUACCAUGUUGGCUUGAGUCAAACGAAUGUUCAACGAUACCUGUCUUGCCCGAAUAUUGGUAAAAUGAGAAUAUCUGUCUUACUAUUUGGAGUUGUUUUUUGCCUCUACUUGAGCCUCUCAACAUUCAUGGGUGUUGUUAUCUAUGCAAACUACGAAACAUGUGAUCCCUUCAAAGCAGGCCUCAUCCAGAGCAUUGAUCAAGUCCUGCCGUAUUUUAUACAGGAGAGAGCUUCUCUCUUUCUUGGCUUCAAUGGAAUCUUCAUAGCAGGAAUCUUCUCUGCAGGUCUUUCAACAAUAUCCUCCUAUAUGAAUGCAAUGAGUGGAAUAAUCUAUGAGGACUUUAUAAGUCAGAGAUGUAGUAAGAUUGCUAAUUUAACAGCAGGAAGGAUUAUGAAGGGAACUGUCUUCGUACUUGCUAUUCUUCAGAUUAGUUUGGUUUUCUUCAUUGAAAAAAUGGGAUCAAUUGCCAAGAUUGCAUCUCAGUGCAUGGCUCUGAAUACUUGUGCUGUACUCUCACUCUUUCUCCUUGGACUUUUUGUACCAAAAGCAAACAGCAAGGGUGCUCAAGCUGGAGCUAUAGCAUCUUGUGUUAUGAUCUUCAUUCUUAUUUUGGGAGGAAUAAAUAACAAGCAAGAUCCAACACUUCCCCUACGAAUUGAUGGAUUGGCAUUGCAAGUUGAAUUUGCCUAA